AGUGUUCUGUCCGCGGUUUCUGUUCAUCCCCCUUCUCCUCGACCUUCCUCUCUUCUCAUCGUCCGUCAACGGCAGAGAUGUUUGCCAGCGUCCUUCGCACCCAACUUCGUCGCCCCCUCGUGGGCGCCGCUGGCCGUAUGCCAGCGGUCGCCCCUGUUACUCGUAACGUGAUCCGUGCGCGGGGGUAUGCUACCGAAGCUGGUGGCAGCAGCAACACGCUCUUGUGGGUGCUCGGAGCCGCCGCCGCCGCCGGAGGUGGGUACUGGUACUACGCUGCUGGCUCCACCGACGUUAUGAAGAAGGAGGCCGAGAGUGCCGUCAAGUCUGCAAGCCAGGCUGUCAAGGCUGCGACCAAGUUCACCCCCACCAAGGAUGACUACCAGAAGGUGUACAACGACAUUGCCGAGCUCCUUGACGAUAACGACUACGAUGAUGGCUCUUACGGACCUGUUCUUGUUCGUCUUGCCUGGCACUCCUCGGGCACUUACGAUAAGAAUGACAACACUGGCGGCAGCAACUACGCGACCAUGCGUUUCCCCUCUGAAGCUGGUCAUGGCGCGAAUGCCGGUCUCGAAGUCGCUCGUACCAAAAUUGAGGAAAUCAAGCAGAAGUAUCCUUGGAUGUCCUACGGCGAUCUCUGGACUCUCGGCGGUGUUUGCGCUGUUCAGGAAAUGCAAGGCCCAAAGAUUCCCUGGAGGCCUGGCCGUAUCGACGGCUUUGCGAAGGAUGCUACUCCCGACGGUCGCCUUCCCGACGCCUCCAAGGCGGCUGAUCAUCUCCGGAACAUCUUCUACCGCAUGGGUUUUGACGACCAGGCUAUCGUUGCUCUGUCCGGUGCCCACGCCCUCGGCCGCUGCCACCGUAACCGAUCUGGGUUCGAUGGUCCCUGGACCUUCUCGCCUACUACUUUCACCAACGACUACUUCACUCUCUUGAUGAACGAGAGGUGGACUUGGCGCAAGUGGGAUGGACCUAAGCAGCUCCAGGACAAGACGAAGACCCUUAUGAUGCUUCCUUCGGACUUUGCUCUCGUACAAGACAGGGAGUUCAAGAAAUGGGUCAAGGUGUACGCUGGCGACAACGACAAGUUCUUCUCCGACUUCUCCAAAUACUUCUCCGAGCUCCUGGAACUCGGUGUUCCCCGUGCUCAGUUUGUUGCAAGCGAGCCUUGGAUUAUGAAGACGAUCGAUGAACAGAGUUCGUAAACAACGCGGUGUAACGGCCGAUCGGUAUGAAACAAUGCCUGCGAUGUUCUUCCCAAACGUGGGGCCGGCGCCUGCUAAUUCAUGCGCGCACCAGUCUGUGCAUAUUUACUCUACCAUAUUCGUCUUUUGAAUUUAGAAAUUGCAUUCCCAGUUGUUCCGGACGCUCGAAGUUGUUCGGAAGUGCCUACCCGUAUUCUGCUCUUGAUCGGUUGGUCCUGAUGGGAAUUGAAAUUACGUUGGUUCUUAAAGAUGUGGACGAUUCACACG